UUGUGUUGUCUUAUCAACUAAGUUAGUUUAUGUAGGAAAUAUAAAAUAAUCAUUGCAUAAUGCAAAAUCUUAAAAUGUGCCGACUGUGUAUGACACAGCCGAUAGUCUCGCAUUCAUUAUUAGAAUCAAAUGGAGCGAAUAUAUUGGAAUCCUUGACUUCUAUAAAGAUAUGUAAAGAGGAUACUCUUCCGAAGCGAGCUUGUGUCAAAUGUUGGUUAAAUUUAAAAUUAGCUUUUCAGAUUCAGCAGAGUAUUAUAGAAUGUGAUAAGAAACUAAGGUUAUUUGAUGUCGAGCAAGAACCAGAUAAUGUAGACCCACUUCCUGAAGUUGACGACAUGAUUCAAAACAUUAAGGAAGAAAAACUUGAACUAGUAUACAAAAUGGAACCUGAAGAUGAUUCGGAUUAUGUCGAUUCAGAAAUUGAUAAUCCCGAGAUUAACAGUAUCAAAGUAGAGAAUCACACAAGAACAGAACUAUUGAUAAUAUGUCCAGUAGGAGCAGGUAAUAGUAAUGAAAAUAUUGUACCGUUUGAAAAUGAAAAAACUGAGAAAACUUUUACAACUUGUCACAUAUGUGGAGCCCAUACAGAAGAAGACUUGCUGUUAGAUCAUUUAAAAACCCACUAUUCUACUAGACUGAAAUGUGACGAGUGCAAUACUUAUUGUGAAAAUAUACCGUCUUAUAGAAAACAUGUCUUGUCCAACCACAAAGACAUGCAAGAAUCAUGGACUUGUGGAGUGUGUGCUGCACGUUUUCAAUAUAAACCAUUGUAUAUAAUUCACGCCGAACAAGCUCAUCCCAAGGAAACAACCGCUCCUCGUAGCAGAAAAGCACUGUUUUCUAAAUCCAUAUUACAAGAUUAUAAGUACGACUGUCCUUACUGCAAUAGGAAGUUUAAAACAGAGCAAGCGAGUUUAUCACAUAUAAAAACGCACAACAAAAAGGAAUGUCCAGUGUGCGGUGUCAAAAUUACACCCUCGAAUUUCAAAGUGCACGUGGAUUCGCAUACGUCACCUCCGAUGGUAUGCCACUUGUGUGGAAUCACCUACAAGAAUCUUACCUCCUUAAGAAGUCAUAUUUAUUACACACACUCGACGAGGAAGUAUGCCUGUAAAUAUUGUGAUAAAGUGUUUAAGAAAGCUUAUGAUCUACCCUUGCACGUUAAGAAAGAACAUACAGGACAAAGGGAUCAUACGUGUGAUAUCUGCGGCAAGAGUUUCUAUGCGUUCCACAAUUUGAAUAAACACAAAAAAACGACGCAUAUGAAGUUACGGCCUUUCUUGUGCCAGUACUGCAAGAAAUCGUUUUCGUCAAAACACGCUCUGAGAACUCACGAGCGUCAGCAUACAAACAUCACCCCCUACACCUGCACAAUAUGCGGUGAAGGCUUCAGACAAAACGUUUCCUUGAGAUCUCAUAAAAAAUCCAAGCACAACAUAGUCGAGGUAAAGACGUUCCCAUGCUCGGUGUGUGGGAAGAAGUUCGGGUCCAAAUGGGCAGUGCUGAGUCAUAUGCGAGUCCAUUAAAAUACGAGUUUAUUUUUAUAUUUCUAAUAAUAAAUAUGUAUUGUUUUAUAAUUGAUUUUGUUAUUCCGUUAAUAA